UUCUGCACGAUUGUUUGAGUUAACCAACGCAGAAAGGCACUAGAAAGACGGAGUGAAAUAAGUCUGUAUCUUAAGAAGACUGGCUGGGGGAUGUGAAUGAUCUAUUCUUGUAACAGUAGGCUACAGCCUGCGUUAAAUAGCCAGCAGAAGGGAAACAAACAAACGUCCCUUGCCAGAGCUUGGGUGCGAAAACGGACACUCGCGCACAAACGCUUUCGUCGAUCUGAAUGCGCGUUUAGAGAUGAAAGUGAAGCAAGUCUGCGGCGCAGGUGUCCCGUGUACAACCGAAGAGGAUUUAAAACAUUCAGUAAUAACUCCGGAGGAUGUGAUCGGGCUGCAGAAGAUCACAGACAUCUAUCACACGAGGCUCUCAUCACACAGACCCUGAGGCAUGUUUUUGAUGGCUCUCCUGGUUCAUGUGACCUGCUAUGUCACAUACAGAUACAUGUCGCAAAAAUAUGAUUACCUUUGUGGUCCAGAGCAGAACACACACAGCAUUGACUUCACCAGAUUCAGAAUCAGAGACAUGGAGAGCGGCACAGUUCUGUCGCCAGGAAAUCGCCAAACCGCCUGCCACAGGGUGAAGUUCACUGUAGGAGACGCUUCCAUAAACAAUUUCCGUAUGAUCGAGAGGCAUUAUUUCCGUGGACAACUGCUGAAAAGCUUUGACUUUAAGUUUGGCUUCUGCAUCCCCAGCAGUAAAAACACGUGCGAACACCUAUACGAGUUUCCACCUCUUUCUGAAGAAACAAGUACAACAAAGAAACAAGUGCAUGACAUGAUGCUUCACCCUUAUGAGACGCAGUCUGACAGCUUUUACUUUGUGGACAACAAGCUCGUAAUGCACAAUAAGGCAGAUUAUUCCUACAACGGAGGACCGUAAGAACACUUUCAUCACAUGCAAAGUUUGAAUGGACUGGUACAGCACUCGAAACGACAUCUAGGCCGUGUUUGUGGUGCUCAGGAUGUGUGUGUUUGUGUCCAUGUGUGUGCAAGAGAAAAUGUCAGAAUGGGCCUGUACUCGUCGUGCAUAUUUCGUACACCGAUUUUGUAAAACUGUUUGAUAUUUGGUUUCUUACGUACUGUGUUUCUCUUUGAGUGUGUAAGCUUGUAAGUAAUGUAAUAGAAUACUGUUAUGAACAAAGAUCUGUGUCUUUUGUGCGUAAAGUAUUGGCCUCUGUGUAUUUAUUGUCCCAAAUAAUUCUACAAAAUGAACUUUAUUUACAUAUUGCCAUUGGCAGUCAAACAUAUAGUCCUGCAUAAAACUCACUUCAUCAUAAUACCGGGUCCCGAAUGCAUAAACAGAAGGUCUGAUAAAGAUAUAGUACUCAGUUUACAGUAAUGUGUUCGAAAUGUAAGGAAAAACCCUAUCGCUUCUGACACGCUGACAUUGCACUUUAUCUAGGAAGGAUGGGUUCAAAAGUAAAUGCUUUUUUUACUUUUGAAUUUCUCUAGUUUGGGCCUAUUACAGUAUAAUGUAAAAUGUUAUCAUUAUACUACUGUAUCUAUAUGCACACUGUUAUUUUCAUUUUAAUAGCAUCUUGUC